CUCUACGUUAGCCGUGCGACGACAGCCCUCCUGCUAUCUGCCUGUCUCUCUGCCCUCUGUCUUAACGGCCUCCCCCUUCUCUGUCCAUCUCCAGCAUCCCUCGACUCAACUCCCAUCGCUUGCCUCUCUCAGCUCGCGGCUGCCCAACUUAUUCUCUUCAGCAAGCCCCUUGUCGUUGUUCGUCUACUCGUCUGCGUAUCCACCCGUCGUCCGCUCCACGACCGAUGAAGGCCCUCUCCCUUUCGGUGCUGGUGUGCCUGCUCGGCAUCGCACUGGUCUGCGCUGAUGAUAUGAAGCGGGCUGCUCAUGCGGAUGCGCCGUCUGCGGUGGCCCGGCGUCUGAGAGGCGGGGCACCUGAUGACGCCGACGAAGUGACAUCCGAUGGUACGCAAACACGAUGGCCGUCUGCAGCUGGUGCACACGCUGCACAAGUACGCCUUUCCUGUGUGCCUGUGUGCUUGUAGGUGGUGUGCCUGAUGCUCCUGUGACGGGCCCAGCGGCAGACUGUGAGGACGCGGCUGAUGAUCCGACGGCUGCACCUAAAGGUGGGUGUGCAGACAUCCCCACCCCGCCCACACGUCGUCAUACUGUUCUGGCCAUGUGUGUGUGCGUGUGUGUGUGCAGAUGAAGAUGAAGAUGAGCCCAGUGGCCUGGAGGCUGUGGAGUCAUCGAGUCCCACAGAGCGGAGGCUGGGCCCGUACUUCUGGGACAAGCUCAAGUAUUACAAGAACAAGAUCAAGAACAAGAUCAAGCAGAAGUGGUAUGGCUACAAGAACAAGAAGUAUGGCGGCGGUGGCUAUGGCGGAGGCUACGGUGGUGGGUACGGCGGUUACUAUUAGACACACCACAACACACAGUGUGUGUGUGUGGGUGGGUGCGUUGACACCAUAUAGUAUAGCGUGUACAUAUCUCUGUUGAUGGCUGUGUAAAAGGCUCGUGCGUCUUUGUUUAAGCACGAGCACCGUACCGUACGUGUGGAGCUGUGGAUGACAUCAAGUGGGUGACUGGAGGGGUGGGUGGCUGGUGUAUGUUUUCAUCAAGUGACUGGAUGGAUGGUCCAUCCCAUCCAGGUGUCGAUUGUGCUCACACACACAUGUACAUAUCUGGUCGUUCUUUGUUGCGAGACAACUUGUUCAGUACCGUACAAAAAGAGAGAGGGUGUGGCGUGGCUGAUUCUGGCAGUAUGUUCUGUCCGUCUAAGUGCCUGUCUGUCUGCUGCUGCUCUGCCAGCUGUGAUCGAUAUCGAUGCUGCCCGUGCAGAAGUCUUUUGACCGCGAUUCUCUGCUCCGAUUAUGCAUACAUCGCUUCGUGUGUCUUGCUGUGUGUGUGGGUGCAUGUUGAUACAGACCUUAGACGAUACGCGACAAGGCGGUACAAUACUGUAGAUACUGAGGACGCGUUUGCAUUCAGAUGUGAUGAGAUGAGCUACACAGAAU